AGUGGUCGUAACAUUGUCCCAGUCCGGCUAUUCUUCGACACCGACCCAAUUGGACCACCGAGGAAGGAUACAAGUGAGGAGUUCCCAAAGCGCGUCACUUCGCCCUCGCCUGAUGACAAGAAAGUCACGCAGAGGGUGCCCGUAGUGAACGUAAAUAACAGUAUCCAAAAAGAAAGUAAACCACAGUUGAAGGAAGUGAAGGAACUGAAGAGGACGGAACCACGCCUUCUCAAUUCCGGAAACACCAACCUAGAACCAGUUACCAAGGAAGAUCUACCUCGAAACAAAAGAUUCCAAAUGGUGGUACGACUGUUGAUCAAUUUGGAAGGCGCGUCCCUACACUCCCCACCAGACCCAUCAUCCCUACCACACAAUCUCCACGGAAUUACCGUUCCAAUACCAGUAGCUGGUCCUACACCAGCGAAUCGCACCGAUACGCUGCCACAACUCGUAUCAAUGCCCCCACUAAACACUCUCAAGUCAUUCUCGUCAUUGAAAACACCCGUAGACAUUGCCACAAAACGACUACCAUCACCAUCACCACCACAUAAGAAAAUAUCUCAAAACAGACUGAUCGACGAGAAUCGAAGGAAGUCCUCUGGUGUACUUGGCCUGAAGGGUCUGCUGCAGGCAAGGAAUCAGAAGCAAAAGUUCACUCAACAUCACAAUGGCGCCACGCCGACAUUUGGCACAGUGGAUUCCGAUAAGAUAUUCCGACAACCAACACCCAAAGGACGACAACCACUGGACAGGAGUCAGUUCAUCAAAACACGACCGAGCAAAAUCGACCGCAGUCAAAAGAAGAACAGCGUGACGCAGCAAACAGUCAGCACUCCUGUAACACGAAAAAUGGUGAUAGUCAAAAAAACCCAUACUGGGCAACAAGUCUUUGAAACCGCAUUCAAAAAGGCCGCCAAACGAAAACAGAUCAGAGAAAACGGUUACAAAAAAUAUCAGCAGAUGAUGUUCAAGAGUGGUCGUAACAUUGUCCCAGUCCGGCUAUUCUUCGACACCGACCCAAUUGGACCACCGAGGAAGGAUACAAGUGAGGAGUUCCCAAAGCGCGUCACUUCGCCCUCGCCUGAUGACAAGAAAGUCACGCAGAGGGUGCCCGUAGUGAACGUAAAUAACAGUAUCCAAAAAGAAAGUAAACCACAGUUGAAGGAAGUGAAGGAACUGAAGAGGACGGAACCACGCCUUCUCAAUUCCGGAAACACCAACCUAGAACCAGUUACCAAGGAAGAUCUACCUACACCCGUAGACAUUGCCACAAAACGACUACCAUCACCAUCACCACCACAUAAGAAAAUAUCUCAAAACAGACUGAUCGACGAGAAUCGAAGGAAGUCCUCUGGUGUACUUGGCCUGAAGGGUCUGCUGCAGGCAAGGAAUCAGAAGCAAAAGUUCACUCAACAUCACAAUGGCGCCACGCCGACAUUUGGCACAGUGGAUUCCGAUAAGAUAUUCCGACAACCAACACCAAGCAGACACACGGCGUGGACAGGAGGUCAGUUCAUCAAAACACGACCGAGGGACGAAUGGAGACGUUACUGGCGCCCGCUCGAGGAACUCGAUGAUCAACUGGAGCACAGCAUAAAUCGACCGCGUCAAAGAAGGAACAGCGGUGAUCGCAGCAAACAGUGCAGCAACUCCUGUAACGACGCUAAAAUGGGUAUAAUUAACUCGUCGACUACGCUACCGCCAAAACGAAUUCGAUUAAGAGCAAAGCCAAAUCACCUCGUGUCUAACACCCCCAUGUCUCAAAAUCAACAACGAGGAACUGCGACUGACAUGCGGUAA